CGCCGCGGUUAUGCCACAGCGCCACACGCAAACGAAGCAGACGCCGGCCGGUCGUGCGCACAAAAACUAAUAAAUUCGAAAUUCAAAUUUGCCAAACGCUUCCGAAUUAUUGAACUGUGUUUAACAGUAAUAUCAUAUAAUACAUUUGUGAACACGUGUUUUAACUGUAUUUGUGAAAAUCUAUGGAACUCUAGUGAUUCUGUUCCUAGUUCUCUAGUGUUCUGGGUCACGGAAUAUUGAUGAAUUAGUGAAGCAUUGUACUAGCCCUUGACCCCGCUGCCAAGAUGGAAGAGAAGAAAGAAAUCAAUCUAGACUCGGUUCUGGAGAGCCUAGGUCCGUACGGACGAUACAAUAUACUCAAUUUCGUGCUGCUGCUUUUCCCGAUUUUGCUAAGCGCUUUCUUCGAGUGUGGAUUUAUUUUUGAAGCGCAACAGCAGAAUUACAGAUGCGAAAUACCAGGCUGCGAAGGGCUAUACAACGACACCUCAUGGUUCGAAUAUUCGUUCGCUAUCCCGAUGACACCAGACAAGAAACACCUCGAGUCCUGCGUAAGAUACGCGCCGAUCGGCACGGGGUGCACGGUGGAUCAGUUCAACACCAGCAAGAUCGUGCCGUGUGAGAGAUUCGUGUAUGAGAUUGAUCAAAGCUUUAUGCAAGAGUUCGACUUCGCCUGCCAAGAGUGGAAGCGCGCCCUAGUGGGCACCGUACACAACUCUGGGAUGUUCGCCGCCAUGCUCUUCACCGGCGCCAUCUCAGACCGCUUCGGGCGAAAAAUUGCCGUCGGGAUCGCAGCGACCGCUUCGCUGGUCUUCGGGAUCCUCCGCGGCUUUGCGCCAGAUUACACCACUUAUCUUGUUAUGCAUUUCUUCGAGGCCGGCUUUGGAGGUGGGCUUUAUCCGUCGGCGUAUGUUCUGAUUGUAGAGCUGGUCGGCCUCAAGCAACGCGUCAUAGUAUCAGCCAUGUGCAACAUGGCCUUCGUGAUCGGCGUAGUCAUCCUCUCCGGCAUAGCCUGGUUCGUCAACAACUGGAGAACUUACGUCUUCAUCCUCUACUCUCCUGCUCUCCUGGUCACAUUAUACGUCUGGUUCAUGAAUGAAAGUUCACGCUGGCUACUAAGCAAAGGAAGAAAAGACGAAGCGGUCAAAAUAUUGAAGUCUGCUGCCAAAAUCAAUAGAUUAGACCCUAGAAAACUUGAAUUAGACAAUCUUGGAGAUCCGCUUUUGAAAUCAGAGAAUCAAACUGAUGAUAAGAAAUCUCAAUUUUCCAAAGCUAUUCGAUCUUCUAUAAUAUGGAAGCGUCUACUGAUCUGCAUGUUUUUGUGGAUGACUUGUUCUUUUGUGUACUAUGGAAUGACGAUAAACUCUGUGUCGUUGAGUGACAAUAAGUAUUUGAGCUUUAUGCUGGUCACGCUGGUGGAGAUACCAGCGUACGUGGUGGUGGCUUUAGUGCUGGACAGGUACGGGAGGAAGAAGACGUUGGUAGUGACCUACACGACUUGUGCUGCGACGAGCAUGCUGUUUGCUUUCUUGCCAAAGGCGGCCUGGUGGUCCACUGCGCUGUACCUCGUCGGCAAAUGGAGCGUGACUCUUGCCUACAGCUCCGUGUAUAUCUACGUGUCUGAAGUCUUCCCGACGAACAUGAGACAGACGUUGAUCAGCAUCUGUUCAACUGCUGGUAAAAUUGGGUCUUUGGUUGCGCCGAUGACGCCGCUAUUGACCUUCUACCACAAGUCCAUGCCAACGGUCCUGUUCGGUGGCAUGUGCAUCGUCUCAGGGCUGCUGGUGCUGAUACUGCCCGAAACGAGGAACACGCGGCUCCCGGACACGAUCGAGGAGGCCGAGGCGUUAUCCAAAAAACGGAACAAAGUUGACGAAUCUUAAUAUAGGAAGCUGACUUAAAUGAGAUAUGUUUGGUAAUCGUCUUAUACAUACUUCGUCAAAAUUUAAUUUACAAAUUGUCAAGGAUACCGUUGAUCUAAUUUUUCAAUAUCCACCCAAUGAUAGCUGACUAAGACGCAAAAAUAGUAACUAGAUAUUUUCAAAUCGCUAUCUAGCUAGGCUCUGAACAAUAAGCCAGCUAUCAAACCAUUCGAAGAAAGCUUUAUUUUAUACCACAUUUUAUAUCCUAUACUUUGAUAUUUCAAAUUACAUUCGGCAGCUAAGUUCAACAUGCAAUUUUAUAUUUAGUAUCCUUUUCAUUUGAAUCCAAAAUUAAAUUUGCUUUGUGUGGAAUCGUUUGGCAGUAUUUUACUGGUUUUGGCAGAUAGCCCAUUCUAUAAUGCUGUUAGUGUUUUCUAUGUCUGAUUACAGAAUAGAAUACAAAUUACCUUACGUUGCCCUUGAUUUAUUCUAGAGUAUAAGACUAAUGGUGACUGUAGUGAGAAUAUUUUGAAAGUAUGACUUAUUUAAUGACCAGGUUCUCUAAUUAUAAGAUCACUUGCUUUUCCAACAGAUCCACUUCUUUUUCUUUCCGUUGUCCCAUCUACUUGGGGUGGGGUCAGGUCUUCUUUCUUCUUGAUCGGGUGCGCCAGACUUAUCCGUUCUGUAGGGCUAAGAUGGUCGACUCUUUAUCAUGUGUCACCAUGCCUGUCACGUUCUAACAAGUAUGUAAGCGCGAAAGUGACGGGCAUAGUGACAAGUGAUAAAAAAUGGAACCAUGCUGCCACUGCUGGGUUGUCGUUUCUUGAAAUUUUGCGGCUUCAAAAUUCUUCAUGACAUUUGACCACCACGUGGCUUUUGGUCAUCUCCUAACUCGGGGCCAAUAGAUCCAACAUAGAAAAAAAGGUAGCAAAUGAUUAACUUAUUUAAAUAGAAAAAAAAAUGCAAACUUUGUAAUUUUUUAACUACUACAUAGAAAUAAAUCAUAAAACGUCCAGUCGAUUUGAGUAAAUUUGCUGUUACUAGAAACAGUUUUCUUGAAUCGUAAAUGUAAGAAGGUAUUGAGAAGUUUUUUACAACUUUAACAGUUGGGCCGGCUGCAUCUUCACAAUACGCUAUUAAAACUACAUUGUACAGUGUCUUAUUGUCUGACAAUGUCUUAUAAGCACCUGUCGUAAAACUAGCUUAGAAAGUUUCAAGUAUUUUAUAAACAAAGUACUUUCUUAUUAAAUAAAACCGUUAUCAAAUCUAAGUGUCUGCUUUAAAGAAUAAAACGAUUCUUUCAGUUUAAAUUAGUUAUAGUUUUUACUUAAAUAUAUAUAAUGGUUACUUUCGUUUUUGUACAUGCCAUCACGGCCAUCAGAUCAUUAUUUUAAAGCAGAAAAUAAUUUUACGGUUUUGAUGACUGUUUUUUUGUUUAUAGUUUCGCCAUGUCUGUCUGUCCAUUCGUGGCUUUGCUCCGUGAUUGUCAGUGCUAGAAAAUUUGGCACAGUUAUGUAAAUGAAUUAUGCUGACUAAGUAUUCAAAUAAAAACUAGGAAAACACAAUUUUUUUAGUGUGACGUAAAGUGAGGAUGAGUGUUGAUGGAUAGAUCUUUUAAAACGAAUACAGUUCUUCAACAACCAUAUUUUAAUAUAGUGAAUAUUUUCGGAAAUAAUCGCUCCGAAAGAAAAAAAAAUGCGUCCGUUAGAGGGACGGCUCUAACUUUUGAACCAUAGAACCAAACAAUAUGAAAAAAAUAAUAAUCAUAGAAGCCGUUUUUGAGCUAUCGCAAAAAGUUUCCCUUCGUAAUAAAAAAACGUAUUACUCGUACCUAUGUAUACUUAUAGCCCCCGUUCAAGGUAAGUUGUUGUGACAGACGAGUAGCUACGGAACCCUACACUGAACAUGGCCCGACAUGCUCUUGGUCAGUUUUAUUUAUAUGUGUUGUUUAAAACGUACGAAUGUACUUAGUACCAACUUAUCAAAUUACCUACUUAAACUUUACCUUAUAAGAAUUAAUAAUUUAGGUACCGUAUAACAACUUAGCAAAGCUCGAAUACCUUUAUUCUUAAUCUUACAGAAUAUGUACCUAGGUGAUUCUAAUGUUAUUUUAGUAUUUAUUAUCUAUAAUGUUUAUGUAAUUAUUCGUAAAAGACAUCCGUUGACAAACGCUUUAGGGGUCAUCCAUUAAUUACAUCACACGUUUAGGGGGUGGGAGGGGGUCAAGAAAAUGUGACAUCUUGUGACAAGGGGGAGGGGGGAGUCACAAACUUUGUGACGUCACUUUAACUUCACCAGUAUUUAUUAAAAAAAAAUAUUCGUUGUACAGUUAAAUAACGAGUUUCUAGAACGAUAAUCGUUUUAUGCGAUUAAUUUUCUUUCCUAGUCGGUUAUAUUUCUGUUGUCCAAAAUAGUUUGAUAAAAUAUUAAUAGUAACAAAUUAGAUUCGCCGAUUUUGUUGAAAAAAAAAUGCGAAAAAUGUGACGUCACACCAGGGGGGGAGGGGUUUGCCAAAUGUGACCAAGUGUGACAAGGAGGGGGAGGGGUCAAAAAACCUAGAAAUUCGUGUGAUGUAAUUAAUGGAUGACCCUUAUUGUGGAAAUAAAAAAUAAUAAUUGUAAGAAUAAAUAUGAUACAUCUUCAAUAAUUAUGGUUAUUGUUUUUUCGAAUGCAUACAUGAAACUCUCAUGGUAUUUAACUACAAACAAGGUAAAUAAUUUAAAUUUUACUGUUUUAAGAAAAUAGUAUGUCAGUUAAAUGAUUUGAAUAAAUGUGACAAAUAUAUUUAAAAACUACAUUAUAGUAUCGAUAUGCGAUUGACAGUAUUUUAGUUUUGUAAAUGCAGGUUUUGUGUAAAAAUUUAGAAGUAAGAUUUAUAUGGGACCAAUGACAAAUCAACGCUAUAAAUGCAUUUUUUCAACAAAACAUAAAAUUAUGUAAUGUCAGUACAAACGAACGCAUUAUGGAAACUCACAAUUUUUACAAUAAACUUUUAUAAAUAC